UUACUAAGCAACCAAGUUCUGUCAUCGACGUGGAGGAUGUUGUGGGCGAGAAACGAGCGACUGCCAUUCCACGCUGUGCCCGGCUCUCCCGUUUCAGAUACCCAGUGGGACGACGGCAACGAUGACAUCCAACACUCUCCACGGCCGUCGUCCACCCGGUACCCCCCUUCGACUCUUCCGUUUUUCUUCCGAUCUCCAUGGUGGACUGCUGCUUCGUCAACAAAGCCACGAUCACGAUCACGAACGCCAAGUGUGAUGAUGACCCUCCGACCGCGUACAGCUUGCAAAUUCCUCCUCAUAUUCGUUGCGUUGUCGAUCCUGCUGGGUCUGGCCCUGUUCGAACCCCACAUCGAAAUUGCGUUCUACUCUCGGCAGUGGGUCAGCAACGAAAUCACUCCGGUCGUUCCUCUGGGGGGAUGCUUCGAGCCCGGGCGCGUCAGCCCAGAGUAUAACGUGACACGACAUAUUUAUGGACCAAAGACGACUGAAGUGCAAGCAGGACUGCCGAUGCGGUUCGGGAUGGACUGUUAUGAGUUUGCAGGAACUAUCGAGUCGCCGGUGCCUCCCCCUCUGCUGCCUUGGUCAGAGUUGUAUGGACAUGGUGAUGCUGGGCUGGCUGAGUACGGAGACGACGACGUACUACGGAAGGAGGAUCGGACGCAUUUCCACACCUACUGGCGCGUCGACCUCGCGCCGUUCGGGGGGCGACAAGAGCAAAUGCUCAAAUCUUUCUUUGCGACGCAAAACACGCGCACGUCGCUGCUCGUCCUUUGGUCGAAUGGCAACCUCGCUCCCAAUCCGAUUCUGCAACGCUACCUGGACCGGUUCCCAGAUGCUUUUGAGUUGCGUGUUGCCAACGUCACAACUCUUGCCGCCGGCACGGCGCUCGAGGGUAGUUCACUUCUGGACGUGAACGAUGGCAAGGCGUGGAUCGAUGGAGAUCUCGUACGCUUGCUCGUGGUGUGGAGGUAUGGUGGGGUGUGGGUGGAUAUGGAUUCGUUGCUCACGAGGAGCUUGGAACCACUGCUUGAGCACGAAUUCGUGACGCAGUGGGACUGUUAUGGUAGGAGUCUACACUACGACCGUGGUGCUAACGCAUAUCUUACACUGUUCUCGACACUAGACAAACCCUAUCUAGCACUCAAUGGUGCACUCCUACACUUCCACAGACGCUCGCCUUACCUCUGUGAAGCGUUCCACACCAUGGCAUCGUCGCCACCUCCGCGCAAGGACUCGACGGACUGGGGUGCUCUGCUCUACUUGAAGCUUUGGCGUCGUCUCGUCGCGGGGGGAAUUCCGCCAUUUAAGAUUUUACCAUUUUGUUUCAGUGAUGGGCGCGCAUGUCGACUGGAUAAUAGGAUUCCUGAUCCAUUCGAGCCCGACGGGUCAGCAGCAGGCAGUGGGAGCAAGUGGUGGGCCGUGGGCACGAAGGUGGGCGAAGCGGGAGGGUUAGGAAGUGUUCUGGGAAAGGUGUUUGCGGUGCACCUGCACAACCAGUGGGAAAAGGAAUUUCCAAAGGGCGGGUGGGUUGAGAGGUUAUUACUGAACAAAUACGAGAGGGUGCUUAGUGAUGGGAAUGCCGACGAAUUGUAGAUUUCAGGUUGGUGUUGCAUUGGUGAGUAGCGUAAUGUCACAUGUCUAUACUUAUAGCACACGUAAUUCCAAGCUUUCUUUUUCCACUGCAAGUGUAUUUCCGUGCGUGAGGUCUGUAGUUACAGACAGGGGUGCGUGCCUGAUCACGACAGAGGAGGCAUGGAUC